CCCUUUCCGCCACGGACACUCAAAACUCUUCCUGGCAGUUAGACCUCACCGCCAGCCGCCCGCCGCCCGGCGCUGCACUUCCCUGCCCGCAGGAGGAGCCACGUCUCGCGCGAAUACCUCCACCUCUCGCGACACUUGCCACCCGUGCCCUGCGGCCCUGCGCGCCCCACUCGCGGUCGCGCGCCGCGCUCCCGGCCGCCUCACCUUUUCGCCCGGCAUCCGGGCCCGCUACUCGCCCACUGGGAGCGCCGUGGCGCCUGGUGUUCGGCGCGAGCCCGGCUGGGCCGCAGGUUCCGCCCUGCUCCGCCGCGCCCCGCCCGGGCUGGGGUAAAGGCCGCGGCCGGGCCAUGCCGUGUCCCCCUCAGGGAGGGCAGGAGAGCCUGAGGAGUGGCGGGGCCGCCAGAGAGCGAAAUGUCAUCAGUGCAGUCACAACAGGAGCAGUUGUCCCAGUCAGAUCCAUCCCCAUCACCAAACUCAUGUAGUUCCUUUGAGCUAAUAGACAUGGAUGCUGGCAGCUUGUAUGAACCAGUUUCUCCCCAUUGGUUUUAUUGUAAGAUAAUAGAUUCUAAGGAGACAUGGAUUCCUUUCAACUCUGAUGAUUCACAGCAGCUGGAGGAGGCAUAUAACUCUGGAAAAGAUUGUAAUGGGAGAGUUGUUCCUACUGAUGGGGGCAGAUACGAUGUUCAUUUGGGGGAAAGGAUGCGGUAUGCUGUAUACUGGGAUGAACUAGCAUCGGAAGUGAGACGAUGUACGUGGUUUUACAAGGGGGACAAAGAUAAUAAGUAUGUUCCCUACUCGGAGAGCUUCAGCCAAGUUUUAGAGGAAACUUACAUGCUUGCUGUAACUUUGGAUGAAUGGAAAAAGAAACUGGAAUCUCCCAACAGAGAAAUUAUUAUUUUACACAAUCCAAAGCUUAUGGUGCAUUACCAGCCAGUUGCAGGGUCUGAUGAUUGGGGUUCAGCACCCACGGAGCAGGGUCGACCAAGAACUGUGAAGAGAGGAGUUGAGAACAUCUCUGUUGACAUUCAUUGUGGAGAACCUUUACAAAUAGAUCACUUGGUUUUUGUAGUCCAUGGGAUUGGACCAGCUUGUGAUCUCCGCUUUCGAAGCAUUGUACAGUGUGUUAAUGAUUUUCGCAGUGUUUCCUUGAACUUGCUACAGACACAUUUUAAGAAAGCCCAAGAAAAUCAGCAGAUUGGGAGGGUAGAAUUUCUUCCAGUCAAUUGGCACAGUCCUUUGCAUUCUACUGGUGUGGAUGUAGAUCUGCAGCGAAUAACCCUGCCCAGCAUUAACCGCCUCAGGCACUUCACCAAUGACACAAUUCUGGAUGUCUUCUUCUACAAUAGCCCCACCUACUGUCAGACUAUUGUGGACACAGUUGCUUCUGAAAUGAACCGAAUAUACACACUUUUUCUGCAGAGGAACCCUGAUUUCAAAGGGGGUGUAUCCAUUGCUGGUCAUAGUUUAGGUUCGCUUAUAUUGUUUGAUAUCCUAACAAAUCAGAAAGAUUCUUUGGGGGAUAUUGACAGUGAAAAGGAUUCGCUAAAUAUUGUAAUGGAUCAAGGAGAUACACCUACACUAGAGGAAGAUUUGAAGAAACUUCAGCUCUCUGAAUUCUUUGAUAUCUUUGAGAAGGAGAAAGUAGAUAAGGAAGCUCUGGCUUUAUGUACAGACCGAGAUCUUCAGGAAAUGGGAAUUCCUUUAGGACCAAGAAAGAAGAUAUUAAACUAUUUCAGUACCAGAAAAAAUGCAACGGGUAUUAAUAGACCAACCCUGCAGCCUGCUUCAGGGGCAAACAUCCCCAAAGAAUCUGAGUUCUGCAGUAGCAGUAAUACUAGAAAUGGUGAUUAUCUGGAUGUUGGCAUUGGGCAGGUGUCUGUGAAAUAUCCCCGGCUCAUCUAUAAACCAGAAAUAUUCUUUGCCUUUGGAUCUCCCAUUGGAAUGUUCCUUACUGUCCGAGGACUAAAAAGAAUUGAUCCCAACUACAGAUUUCCGACGUGCAAAGGUUUCUUCAAUAUUUAUCACCCUUUUGAUCCUGUGGCCUAUAGGAUUGAACCAAUGGUGGUCCCAGGAGUGGAAUUUGAGCCAAUGCUGAUCCCACAUCAUAAAGGCAGGAAGCGGAUGCACUUAGAACUGAGAGAGGGCUUGACCAGAAUGAGUAUGGACCUUAAGAACAACUUGCUAGGUUCGCUGCGGAUGGCCUGGAAGUCUUUUACCAGAGCUCCAUACCCUGCCUUACAAGUUUCAGAAGCGGCAGAAGAAACUGAAGCAGAACCUGAAUCAACUUCAGAGAAGCCUAGUGAUGUUAACACAGAAGAGACCUCUGUGGCAGUUAAAGAAGAAGUCCUGCCUAUCAAUGUGGGGAUGCUGAAUGGAGGCCAACGCAUUGACUAUGUGCUACAGGAGAAGCCUAUUGAAAGUUUUAAUGAAUAUUUAUUUGCUUUACAAAGCCAUCUGUGCUACUGGGAGUCUGAAGAUACAGUAUUACUGGUCCUCAAAGAGAUCUACCAAACCCAGGGUAUCUUCCUUGAUCAGCCUUUACAGUAAAAAUAAUCCAUCUAUGCCUGCUUAAUACGGACAUUGAGGGAUCCUUCCCCAGAAAAUCCACCUGUUUGUUGCUGCAAUUUUCCUCUCCUCAGCUGCGUCAUUUCCUGCAUGUUGGCUGCCACUUACUCACCACUGUGGUCUUUGGGAGAUAAUCUUCCUCUUUGGAAAUGAAUGGAAAAGCAAAAGGCCUUAUUACUUUUAACCACUGGCUUCAUAUAAACACUUGCCAUUUUUUCUUCAUAGCUGGGGGUGGUUUGUAUCUUUAAUUCUUUGAUGAUAGUUUGUAGGUGCCACACUUUAUUGAUUAGUACUUGACAUGGUGUAUAGCCUAUUUUGGGUUUGAUUUGUUUUGGGUGGCGUACACAUGUUUUUAAGGAACUUAUUGCUUAUCUUUAGAAAAUGUUCUAGUUUGGAAACAGAUUCUUGAGAUUUAGAAGGCAUUUUGGAGUACACUUAUCUCUUGUUUGUAUUGAACUGAAGGCUAAGUCUCAGUGGAUAUGAAAAAGAAUUUUGGGUGAUUUAUUUUUUAACCUGCAUUUCUUUCUUAUAUGUAGUAUAUGAAGAAAGACUAAAAUGUAGCUUUAAAAAAGUGUUGUUUACUCUCUUAGAACUGACUGACAGACUUAUUGCCAGAAAUCACUGAUGUUCAUUGUUUUUGCAACUGUUUGAGCUGCUGUAAGAGUCUAAAGUUGACAAGUUAGUUCAUGUUAGAUGCAUCUUUAUAAAGCAAAGAUGUUGUAUAUCCUAGGCCUCCCUUUUAUAUUUGAUAUAAGUUAUUUGCUAAUAGCUUCUAUUCUUAUGUUGAAAGUAGUUGUAAAAGCUGAUGAACCUGAAAUUAUGUAGCUGUACAGGCUGCUGAGGUUCUAAAUAAAAUCUUUUAGUGGUGCCUUUAUGGUGAAACAGAAUUUGUCACCUGCCAUUUCUACUUGGGCUAAGGUAGUAUUGUGUAUCCUCUUUCCUUCUUAGGCAUCCAUAAUCUGCAAAGCAUAUUUAAAAGGCUCCUGGCAUAGGCAGCAUUGGUUGGCAGGUAGGUUUGGCUAGGGGGAAAUAUUUAACUUAUUCUGAAAGAAAAACUUAUUUCUGUAGGGUCCAAGAAACAGCUAUUGCAGUCAGUGUCAGCCGAGUCUGGAACAUAUGAAGUGAGGUUUACUUCUAAGAACAUAAGUGACUGCACACUAAUUUUGUCAAGGCGUCUUUUCACUACUUUGCUGUAGAUUUUUCUUCUUCCUUGGUCAGAGUUUGUCACUGUCUUUGUAGUUCUCUUUAUGAUAGUCCUUUAUACUUGCUCUCAGAUUCCACAGGCCUCUGUUUAUAGAGUGGCAAAGGCAGGCGAGCUGUGGUUUACUGUUUAUAAAUUUUUUUAUAAAUGUUAUGGUUUCCGAAGCCACUGGCAUUUAAUAUUUACUAAGCCAUUCCUUAGACAGCAGUGAUCUUUAUCCCUUUCUGGAGAGAAAAGGAAAAUGAAGGGUAAUUACUGUCACCAUGGAGACUGUAGAGGUAAGGUUGGGGUAUAGGUCAGGCCUGGCCUUUCUUUGUCAUCUCCUUAUAGCCUAAUGCUAAGUAUGCCACUAAGUUUCAGAUAUAUGGAAUACUUUAUUUUUUUAAAAGUAUAUAAACUCUGAGUUAUUGAGAAUUAAGUAUUCACUGUAUAUUAAGGGGAAGCUUUUGCCAAGUUGUGGUCUUCAAAUUUAUGUUUACUCUUCCUAUUGGCAGAACAGGUGCUGUUUAAGAGUAAACCAAAGGAUAAGCAGAGGGAGUCCCUGUAACCAAAGAUGGACAGCAUAGCCCUGGAUAGCCAGAUAAACUACUCUUUGUAUUAAGGAAUGUUUCUUUCCUAGUGGUGAAGGGUGGGUAACUGUGAAACUUUAUAUCUUGUCUAUUCAUGGUAUUAUAGCUGUAUCUUCCCAGGAUAAUAAGCUUGAUUGAAAUCCUGUAUUUAGUCAUAUAUUAUUUGCACUGCUUCAUUUGUAUUAUGUGCAAUCUCUAGACCAAGCCUAUUUUUAAAGUCUGGUAUAGCAUCAUUUUGUACAUAUUCCCAGCUGCAGAACUAGUAUCACUUAUCUCAGCAAAAGAGAUUGUUUGCAUGGAAAGAUUAAUAGCACUGAUUAGAUUUCUAAUAUUUUGCACUUUUGAAAUGUUUGUUUUUUACGUGAUUAUAUUUAAAAAUUUAGUAAAUACUAAAAUGGAACCAUA